AACGUGCUCGAAUAACCCCGUUUUUUUGUUUUUAUUCAUUUAUUUUUUAGGAUUAGUAUUUUCCUAACUCGAUUACGUAACUGGAAAGCCGCUGCUGCCAGACUGCCCACCGAGGUUUGAGGCUUUGAGGUUUAUAUCGCUUCCUUUUUGUGGCGACCCGUGUUCGCCUGACGGCUUCACGCACGAAAAGACGUUUAGUGAGGAGAACAACACCUUCGGCGUUUACCGAUAACACAAAGAAACCGGAACAUCGAAUUCACGACCAACACGCGCGCGGAGAGCGGUGACGUGCGUUUCAGUGCAGUUGAAGAGCUUCUCAUCAAUGGCUUUGCUAUGGUCAAAAAUUUCAGGCCUUUUGCCCAUUAAUGAGGCACAGUUUCCGCUUGAGUUCGGCGAUAAAGUGGAGUCAAGUGUGUUGGAUUUGCUUAAACGGUCCAGACAGCAGCUGUACAGUGAAACUGCAAGUGCCUAUUGCAUGCUCAAUGCUCAAAUCAUCCUGGAUAUUUCAUGGGAGAAACUCAACAAAGGAACAUGGCGCCAUGUGGAAAAGGAGUGGAGGCGUGUGUAUUCUUACGGCUGCCUCUUCAAAGUUUUGGCACUGUGUCAUGAGGAUCCAUCACCAGAAGUUAUCCAGCAGGCCAUAAGGACUUGUGACAUGGGCUUACUCAUGGGUGCAGCCAUUAUGGACAAUAUUCUUCAAGCCCUUGUCCAAAUUCUACACUGUGAAGUCAGGAAAGCUACGAGGGAGGAGGACCAGACUGUGCAUAUUUAUACCAAGAAAAUGAAAAUAGAAUGCCCACCUGCUCCUCUAAUCAAACCAACAAUGGCAGUACCUAGGAUACAUUGUCCGUCAUUGGAGAGUUUCAAGACAAAUUACCUGCUCCCCCUGGAGCCAGUUAUUUUAGAAGGGAUCAUAGACCAUUGGCCGGCCCUCAGCAAUCACCCUUGGAGCAUAGAAUACUUGAGAUCUGUUGCUGGUUGUCGCACCGUACCUGUUGAGGUGGGAUCAAGAUAUACUGACGAGGAGUGGUCACAAACACUCAUUACUGUCAACGAAUUCAUUGAUCGGUAUAUUCUAUCAAAAGAUGAAGUUAAAGCUUUGGGUUAUCUCGCUCAGCACCAACUCUUUGAUCAGAUACCAGAACUGAAAGAAGACAUCUGCAUCCCUGAUUAUUGUUGCCUGGGCGAGGGGGACGAUGACAAUAUUACCAUCAAUGCAUGGUUUGGCCCCGGAGGCACCGUGUCCCCGCUCCACCAAGAUCCUCAGCAGAACUUCCUGGCACAGGUUGUGGGAAGGAAAUACAUUCGCCUGUAUUCCCCAGAGCACACAGAGAAGCUGUACCCUCAUCCAACGCAGCUCCUUCACAACACUAGUCAGGUGGAGGUGGAGAGCCCGGAUGAGGAACUGUUCCCUGAGUUUGUCAAGGCUCCCUACCUGGAAUGUGUUCUCCAGCCAGGGGAUGUGCUGUUUAUCCCUGUGCUGCACUGGCACUACGUACGCUCCUUACAACUCAGCUUCUCUGUGAGCUUCUGGUGGUCGUGAAGGCAGAUUUAAAGAUUUUUCGAAAAUAACCUUUAAUCAAGAGCAUAAUAUAUUUUUUUAGGGGGGGGGUUUCCCCCUUUUUCUCCCCAAUUGCACUUGGCCAAUUACCCCAAUCUCAGAGCUGUCCAGAUCUCUUCUCCACCCCCUCUGCCCAUCCGGGGAGGCCUGCAGACUACCACAUGCCUCCGCCAAUACAUGUGGGGUCACCAGCAGCAUCUUUUCACCUGACAGUGAGGGGUUUCGCCAGGGGGACGUAGCACGUGGGAGGAUCACACUAUUCCCCCUCCCAGUUCUCCCUAACAGGUGCCCCGACUGACCAGAGGAGACGCUAGUGCUGCAACCAGGACACAUACCCACAUCCGGCUUCCCACCCACAGACACAGCCAACUGUGUCUGUAGGGAUGCCCGACCAAGCCGGAGGUAACACGGGGAUUUGAACCAGCAAUCCCCGUGUUGGUAGGCAAUGGAAUAGACUGCUACGCCGCCCGGACAUAUUUUGAGAUAAAUUUAGUAGAUUCAUGCUCACACUACUACCCCACCACCUGCUUCAAAAGCAAAAACCCAAACAUUAAUUUAAUUCUCAAAAGAUGACAGAACAGCUGUCUGUCACCCAAACCUGUGGUCCAUGAAGAGUGAGCAAACACUGUUGAAUGAAUGUCAAUUUUUACUUUAAGCCGCAUCAUUUUUGGCUUUAACCUAUUUCACAUGAUAUUUUUUUAAAUCCCACACUUUCACUUCAACUCCCCAUACCCAUCCAUUUUCCCAGGUCAGUAUCCUAUCCCAAAACUGCAUAUAUAUAAUAUAUAAGUAUGUGCAUGUGUGUGAGUGUGACACUCUUUGCCCUUACCCCAAAGUAGGGUUUGUUUUUAUUAUAUUUUGUCUCUUGAAUAUGUGUAUAUGUAUGGACAUUUCUUAUUCUUCUUAUAUUUUUCUUAUGUGAAGUUUGCAUUGCAUUUUAUGUAAGAAAUGUGUCAUGAGAAUAUUUUUUAUUGAUUAAUAAACCAUUAUGUUAG